AUUCCAAAGAUUGAGUUAGGCGAAAAGAAAAAUCGGAAAAUAGGCGUAUUUCGCAAACCAAAGAAAAAAAUGACACAAUUUGACCUCCAACUCGGUACCUUGUAGCGGUCGGCCCGGCGGGUGCGUACGGCCCGUUUUUCUUACCGGGUCAGGGUCAAAGUGGGUCGACCCGCGGGUCAACCUGCGGGUUGACAACCUUGCUCAAAACAUAUCUCUUCCAUGGUCCAUGAAACCGUAUCAUACCGGCAGUUCAACCACGAAAUACCAGUAUUGGAGGCUAAACCGGUAGGUGGUAUUUAACGGUACAACGGUUGAACUACGGUUAAACCACGAUUUUACCAUAAAAUACCCUAUCGCUGACUUUUCCGGUACGGUCUCCGGUACGGGUACGGUUUCAUGGACCAUGAUCUCUUCCCAGUCCGGUCUCAAACCGUUUUGCUUUCGAGAACCGUACUAGCAACUUAUAAAAGGCUCCAACUUUCUAUUUUUUUAUUUUUUUUCAUUCCAUUCAGCUUCCCCCAACUUAGGGUUCACAGUUCAGUCUAAAAAAAGAGUAGGGUUCACAGUCGCUGCCAGCCCUCUACACAGUCGACCCAUCUCCGUCCCCUGAGUCCCGUCGCCGGUCUCCGGCCAGAAUCAGCUGCCUCUUCUCUUCUAUGUUCGUCUGCAUUUCUUUUUUUGGUAAAUCCAUUCUUCUCACUGAAAAACUUAACUGACUCAUUCUAUGCUUUGGACGUUGACAAUUUGCAUCCUUUGUGCAGAGGAAGAAGAAUGACGAGUGAUGAAGAUGUUCAACUUCCAUUACGUUCCACUAACAAAAGACGGCGUCAUCGAAUUGGUGGAAAUGAGUCUACUGCGGAAAACCCACCACCACCAACAACGGUUGAGGCAACUAAAGGGAAGAGGAGGGUAGCGGAGCCUGCUGCUGCUGCUGCGGAUUCAAAGAAGAACGGUACUAAAUCUCCCCUGAAAAACCAGCGUAUGCUCUGUAAGAGAGAUACGGGAGGGGAAAAUGGUGAAAUGAUGCAAUUAGGAGGACUUCAGCCAUGUUCAGAUGCUGAAAGGAUGAAAAUUUUGAGCGAUUGGAAGUUCGAUCAAACUGAAGCUAGGAUUCUUUUAGCAGAAAUGAUCAUUCUAGAUUCCUUGCCGUUUAGGUACGUUGAGCGCGAAGGGUUUAGAACGUUUAUGGCGCGUGCUUGUCCUAUGUUUGAGAUUCCUAGUUGGAAGAUCGUUAGACAGGACUGUUUUAGGUUGUUCCUCGAGGAGAGGUACAAGUUGAAGGAGUAUUUCGCAGAUAAUGCUUCAGGGAGGGUUUCUAUCAGCACUAAUCGUUGGACGUGUGCUCAGAACUACAAUUACAUGUCUGUAACGGCUCACUUUGUUGGGAAAGACUGGAAGUUGCACAGAAGGGUUAUCAGCUUCUUUCGAAUUACCAGCCGCAAGGGCUGGGAUAUCGGAGGGCAAAUCGCAAGUUGCCUGGAAGAGUGGGGGUUGAAGAGUGUUUUCUCCAUCACUGUUGACAAUGCAAAUGUGAGGGAUGAUGCAGUCAGCUAUUUAAGGGAUAAACUUGUCACUUGGGGGAGCAGUAUUAGGUAUGGCACAUAUCUUCAUACGCGAUGUGUUAGUCAUAUCAUCAAUUUGAUCGUCACUGAUGGGUUGGAGGAAAUCGGCAUAUCAGUGAGUCGGGUGAGAGAGGCCGUGAGAUGGACACUUGCGUUACCUUCUAGGUAUGCUAAGUUCAAGGAAUUUGUUGCCUUGCACAACAUUGAGACAAAGAGGAAGUUGUGCCUGGAUGAGCCUAAUAGGUGGGAUUCAACUUGCUUCAUGUUGAUGGCAGCUGUGAUAUUUGAGAAGCCAUUUGAGUCACUUGAGAGAUCAGAUCCUAAUUUCAGGUCGGAUCUUGAGGCCCAAAGGUAUAAAGAUGAACCAAUGGGUCCUCCAACACCAACUGAUUGGAAUAAUGCAAGGAAUUUGUGCAAAUACCUUAAAAAAUUCUAUGAGUUCACCUUGCUCGUCUCAGAGGCUUCCUAUGUGACUUCCCAUCUAUUUCUUAGAGAAUUUGGAAAGAUGUUCCAUUACAGCUAUACAAUGGAAUCCAGUGAAGAUGGCGAGGUUAGAAUCAUGGCCUCAAAAAUGCAUAACAGAGUUGCAAAGUACUGGUCUGAGAAGGAUGACAUAAAUGCGAGAAUGAAUAGGUUGUUUUACAUAGCUGUGGUGCUUGAUCCUAGACACAAAAUGGAGUAUCCAAAGUAUAUCUUGAGAAAGCUGUAUGGAGAAGCUAGAGGGGACCAAUUGGCGGAAGAGCUGAAGGAAGAACUCGUUGAGCUGUUUGAGCAUUACCAAAGAAUGCUCAUGCCUGCCAACCAAAGAACCAAAAGUUAUGUUGCGAUGGAGAUUCCUAAGGUGGAUGUGCGCAAACAAACUGGUGGUUUUAAUGAUAGUUAUGAUGAGAGCAGGGAUGAUGUUUAUAGAACUGAACUGGAAACAUACCUGGCCGAGUUUCGUGAGCCUAAUGGGACCCUUCCGCAAGAGUUUGAUAUCCUGAGAUGGUGGAUGAUCUAUGCGGUGAGGUAUCCUAUAUUGAGCGAGAUGGCGAAAGACAUCCUCGCUGUCCCUAUAUCCACUGCAUCAUCCUCUAAGAGCCCUUUCGAUACGGAGGGCCAAGUAUUGGAUUCCUUUAAGAGUUCUUUGACUCCCAAGAUUAUGGAGGCUCUCAUAUGUAGUGAAGAUUGGUUGAGAUCUUCGAAUUACUCAUCGCCACUUUCCAAGGAUGAUUAUGAGGAUCCAGAAGAACUUGAAAAUGCGUUCCAAUCUAUGGUUCGGACCGUGAAUGCUUCUAUUCUGGGAGAAGAAGAUGAAGAAAGUGAUUCAGAUUCGAGUCAGGAGAAUGAAGCCAGUUCAUCGGACUGAUUCGACUUUGCUUUUGGUAGUACCUGAUGUCUUUUCGGUUUAUGGUCUAUGGAUGAUAUCUAUUUUCUUGCUGUGUAUGGAUUAUGUACCUGUGGUCUAUUGACGAUUAUUGGUUGAUGAAUGAAUUUUAGUCUAAAUGAUCGUUCUUGUAUCUCUAUUAUGGAUUUAUGGUUAUAUGGAUACUGGUCCAUGGAGCUCCUGGAGAUUGCAAGUUUGAAUUAAUGCAAGAAGUUUCUCCAACUAGUCGGCUGUGGGUUGAGUUUCUGAUUAAUAAGUAAGAUUGGAUCUC